AUGCAGCGAUACGAGUUUCCCCAGUGUGAACAGGGGACUCUUGCGUCGCAACAGGAGCACGAAUCCCGCCAUCAACCCGAACAAUCAAAUGAGUCCUACAGAGGACAAACCAAUAACAUGACAAAAGGACUUAUCUUGGGUGCAAAAUCCGAGGAGUCGGACGUUUCAUUGGAGUACGACCAAGACGAUCUUAUACCCUUAAGAACCUGGAGACAUCAUGGGGCUUGGGCAGCUUUCACUUUCGCCUAUCGCACCAAUAGUUGCAGGUACAGAGACACCAGUAUUUACCGUCAUCGAGACUUCGCCAGCCGAGUCGAGAUGCUGCCACUUCAUGAUGCCCAGCUCAAACUCGGGAGUGGCAAGCUAAGCCGACUCAUCGUCCAGUGCACCGAUGAUGUUUACGAGGCUCAGGGGAUGACCACGUGGUGUCGUACCUACGUGCGAAAACCUUCGCCAUACUACAUCCGCUUGGCUAUUUGGACAAUUGAUUAUACCCAUGACUCACAGAGCUGGAUAGGUUGGUGCGUCCAAGUCUUGCGUACAAUCCCUGUUUCUCUAGUCACAAUGAUUCUGUGCUUGGGGGGGCUUGCUCCGGGUAGGCUGUACGACGGCAAAUACCCGCCUGUUCUCCAUAUAUACUGGGGAGACGCCAAGGUUUGGAGCAAUCUCCUAGAGAACUCGCGGGAGCUUUCUCAACUCGCUCGCAAUACGACCGUAUACAGAUGGCUAAAGCCUCGCAGCCUCUGUCUAUUGACGGAGAAUAGCUUUAAACACAUCGAAGUGGCCCAGUGGGAGAGCGAGACGGGAGAGACAUUGUCAUACGUAUUCGUCGCUUACUCUAGCGAGCAUUUUGAUCACAGAGUCUAUCAGGACAUGGUGGAUUUGCACAAUAUUGGGAUGGUUGCGGCCCGCAGCGUCGGCGUUGACGCUUUCUGGGUGUCCGGCAGUUGCAUGCGAAAUGAGGCCGAACUUGAGAACGACGUCUACCGAAUCUCGGACGUUGUACGCGGUGCUGAGCGCAUGAUCAUUGCCGUGAGUCCGUCGAUGAAAGAUAUCGGUACUGACUUCUCAAAAACAUUGCCCUUUGAUGCACUCCGAACAUGGGGCUCCCGCAUGUGGACAUUUCCUGAAGCCCUCCUCAGCUCAGACAAGCCAACCUCGGUGUACUGUCGCAAUGACGAUCCAAGCAAGCCAUACGUCAUCCCAAAGAACCAGGUUGCGUCGAUUCUGUGGCCACAAGAUGGUGAAUUCUCAAGGCAACUCCUCGAUCAUUACCUGGGCACUAUCACUCUGAGUAGGCUAGAGCUCGCUGUUCUGGCCCUGAGAUGUCUGUACGCCCGGCAGACAACCCCGUUUUUAGCAGGUGACCACGCUUAUGCACUCAUGGGUCUCCUGCGUGUACGUCCUCAAAUUGACCGAACGGACAGUCAAUUCCAAGCCUUUGCCAGCGAUAAACUUCUCGAACGCUACAUCUGCACCCUUCCCAAGGAGCCAAACCAGCCAUGGUACGAAAUGACAGAUGCGUAUGGCUCUUCACUGUGGGACAUUGAUCCUGUAUGUCAAGUAGCCGCCAUCUGCGACAACGACACAGUCGUGCUUGAUGGUAUCUGGUUCGCCACUGUCCUGUUUACCCCAUUACUGGUGCGCACCGCACUGGCCGGAAAGAUCGAGGACGUUCAGGGGGCCUUUUUUGGCGUGGAGGGAUACCUCAAUACAACGACGGUCGAACGUCUCAUCUUCGGGGGCAGCUUUGGCCGUUUCAAGUGGUCUACCAAUGGCAGCCUACUCAGCCGAUCGCGAAUCAACGAGCACAAGGAAAGGGUUGGCAUCGACCCAUGUGUGGAUGUAGACACCAGAAAAAUCGUCGACACCGCGAAGGUGGCCAGACCGGGGGAGAUGAGGAUCUUCACCCUCGUCGAUACCUACAACCUGGAGGUGACCAUCUUUGAGGCCGCUCGCCCACCGAACGUCCUUCUCUUCUGCGGCAGCGAGGGUGGUAAGCAGCGAGCGGUGGGCUGCUCCUACGACUGGACAACCCAAACUUUCUACCGCGAGACUGUACUGCGGGUGCCGACCGUGUCGCUGGAGAAGGCAUCCCGCAUAUCUCGGUUCCGGAUCGGCAUCAAGCGGCCGAGUUUGGAGACCGUCCGUGUUCAGUCACAGGAGAAGUCGCGCACGUGGCAGAGGUUCUCUAGCACUAAAGACUUCUACUCGGACAUGCUGGCCAAAGUCUACGACAACACCCCACUGCCUGCGCAGAUGUUGGUCUCAUAUUUGAGCUCCUCCUAG